GCCACCGUAGAGGGCUUCGGGCGGCCGCCGGGACGGAAGCCGAGAGGCGCCGCCGACCGCGCCUGCGACAGCGUCAGCCCUGCGCGGAGCGCCGGCCCUAUGGCGGCGGCGAUGGCCGAGGAGAGCGCCCGGAACGGCGCCCGCAACCGCGGCGGCGUCCAGCGCGUGGAGGGCAAGCUGCGUGCCAGCGUCGAGAAGGGCGACUAUUAUGAGGCGCACCAGAUGUACCGGACCCUCUUCUUCAGGUACAUGGCCCAGAGCAAGCACGCCGAGGCCCGCGAACUCAUGUACUCAGGAGCCCUGCUGUUCUUCAGCCACGGCCAGCAAAACAGUGCGGCUGAUUUGUCCAUGCUGGUCCUGGAGUCGCUGGAGAAGGCGGAGGUCGAGGUGGUCGAUGAGCUGCUGGAAAGUCUGGCCAAGCUGUUCAGUCUGAUGGAUCCCAACUCCCCGGAGCGAGUGGCAUUUGUGUCUCGAGCCCUGAAGUGGUCCAGUGGGGGGUCCGGGAAGCUGGGCCACCCCCGGCUCCACCAGCUGCUGGCCCUCACCCUGUGGAAAGAACAGAACUACUGCGAGUCCCGGUACCACUUCCUGCACUCCAGCGACGGGGAGGGCUGCGCCAACAUGCUGGUGGAGUACUCCACGGCCCGGGGCUUCCGCAGCGAGGUGGACAUGUUCGUGGCCCAGGCUGUCCUCCAGUUUCUCUGUUUAAAAAACAAAAGCAGCGCGUCAGUGGUGUUCACGACGUACACACGGAAACAUCCGUCCAUCGAGAGCGGCCCUCCCUUCGCGCAGCCCCUGCUCAACUUCAUCUGGUUUCUGCUGCUGGCCGUCGACGGGGGGAAGCUGACGGUGUUCACGGUGCUGUGUGAGCAGUACCAGCCGUCGCUCCGGCGGGACCCCAUGUACAACGAGUACCUCGACAGGAUAGGACAGCUGUUCUUCGGCGUGCCGCCCAAGCAGACGUCUUCCUACGGAGGCUUGCUAGGGAACCUUCUGAGCAGCCUCAUGGGCUCCUCGGAGCAGGAGGGCGAGGACAGUCAGGAUGACAGCAGCCCCAUCGAGCUCGACUGAUGCCCGCAGACCUGCACGGACUCGGCCUGGACCGCGGCGGGUGCGGCUCCCGAUGCGGGUCCAGACCCGGGCCCCCCGGCUCCGGCCGAGGCCGAGGGGCCGCACGUCGGGUGUUCUGGGGCUGCCGGGGCCGUGCUGGCCGGGCCGCCGUGUACCUUGAGAUGACCCCAAUAAAGCACAGGCCCUGCCGCGCCUCCUC